UUGAAAACACGUUUACUUCCUAGGGGGCGAUCCUGUUGCUGAUUCCGAAAGAAUUCGAAUUCUAUCAACUCCUGGCGCCGCCAGGAGUGAAAGCAGCCCCGUUGUGGAAUCAGAACAAGGAGAGCGGCAGCAGUGCUCAUCUUUCAAUUAUGCAUCAAGAUCAACGAAUACCAGUUUGCGACGGAAAUCGUCACAAGAUAAAAGGAGUGACGAACUCCAACACGAUGACCGAGCAUUUUACAAUAUGGGAUUUUCAUUGUCACCUUCUGACCUUGAACGAGGCUGGAAACAUCGAAGGUCCAGCAUGAACGGCAGCGUCUGCUCUAAUAGUUUACGUCGAACGAAGAGCGAAUCUCGAAUAUCCAUUCAUAGAUUUCCGAUAGAUAAUUCAUACAUCAAUAAAAAAUAUGGGGUAUUACCGUCAGAAACUAUAUCCCAAAAGGCUGCGAACUAUGUGCGAUCACGAUGUGCCUGCAGUUUGACCUGCUUCAUAUCUUUCAUCACUUCUGUUUUGCCAGUUCUAUCAUGGUUACCUAAAUAUAAACUUGAAUAUCUGCUGCCAGAUGUAAUAUCUGGCUUUACUAUAGCUAUCCUACAUAUACCUCAAGGUAUGGCUUAUGGAGUCUUGGCAGCUCUGCGACCAGAAAAUGGAUUAUAUGUUUCAUUUUUUCCUGUAAUUAUUUAUUUUCUUCUUGGUACAUCAAGACAUAUUUCAAUAGGUACAUUUGCUGUUAUGAGUUUAAUGAUGAGUAGUGCUAUGUAUGGUACAGAUGCCAUUGUUGACAGAAAUACAACAUCUGCUGAUUCAAAUAUAAGUACAUCCCUUGAAAAUGCAGAAACAUGGCCACCUACCCAUUUAGAGAUUGCAACAUCUGUUGCAAUGGCUGUUGGAUUUUGGCAGCUCUUCAUGGGUGUUUUUCAGCUUGGCUCACUUACUGUUGUCUUAUCUGAUCAACUGGUAUCUGGUUUUACUACAGGUGCUGCUUGUCAUGUCGCAGUAUCUCAGAUGAAAGAUUUAUUUGGCAUUCACAUUGGACGUUACAGUGGACCUUUAAAAUUAAUUUAUAUGCUAAGAGAUGUUUUUGAAAACUUAAUUCACUUGAAUGGUGCGACUGUUGCUGUUUCGGCUGUUGCAAUAUUUGUACUUGCCAUUUUUAAGGAACAGAUUGACGGAAGGCUUAAAGAGAAACUUAAGAUGCCUAUUCCUAUAGAUUUAAUAGUGGUUGUGCUCGCUACCACUGCAUCAUAUUUUGGUAAAUUCCAUGAAAACUAUGCAGUAUCGAUUAUGAAAGAUAUACCAACUGGGUUACCUCCACCGGUUGCACCAAGAUUUGAUAUACUUCACCUUCUUGUAACAGAUAGUUUUGCCAUAGCCAUAGUUGCCUUUGCCAUCUCAUUAUCAAUGGCGAAACUUUUGUCAAAGAAAAAUAAAUACUCCAUUCGACCAAAUCAAGAACUAGUAGCUUUAGGUUGUGCAAAUGUUUUUUCUUCAUUCUUUUCCUGUUAUCCAUGCUCACUUCAUAUCCCAAGUGGUUCAAGAAAAGCUGGUGGAAAACUGGUUGCUGCAAUAGUUUCUUGUGGCUUUCUUCUAGUAGUUUUACUUGCUUUAGCUCCAAUGUUUUAUUCUCUGCCAAAG